CUAUUCCGGGGUUACGACGGAGCAUUUAGUAUGUCAAUGCGGCAGUCUUCCAAUCCAAUCCAACUUUCAAUACAUUUGCAUUUUUCAAGGAGUGUGCAACGAUUUCGAAAAUAAAUUCGCUAGGGAUAGUCUUCUAGAGUCUAGUAGAGUAUUAUAUUUCAAAUUUCAAUAGUUGUCUUGGGUGGACAUGUUAUCUUUACUCGGGCCCUCUUCUAUUCUAUAACCUUAGUAUGGCUGCUUUGUUGAAAAAAAGAGCACUCGCUGAGUACAGUCAAACUAUCCAGGAACCAUCCACAUCUCAUUUACCCAUAAAAAAAUUACGCCUAGUGAAAAAAUCAACCCCAACCUUUUCAAAUUCUGCAAUAACACUCAUUAACCAUCUCGAGGAAUGCAAAACCUCUCAGGAAGCAUUGAAGCUACUGUUGCUUGUAUCAGAUCUGGAUUUGGAUGCAGCAGAGGUCCAAGAUACUAUAAAAAAACUCACUGACCAUUUCAAGAACGAAUCAGAGUCGGCAGUGAGGGUUAAAAUCCUUUCUUUGAUGUGUGAAAUAGGGCACAAACAUAACAGUGAUGUUGGAUCUAUCAUAGAUGAGACUAUCAUGUUGCUGAGGAAUGACAAAUCCCAUAAAGUUAUUGCUCAAGGAAUGAACACUAUAUUGAAGCUUGGUAAUUUGGUGAAUGAUACAGUUGUUGUGUUUCAUCAGAAGCUGGUAGAAGUGGCUAAGAUAUAUUUGAAAGAUGUUAGUCACAGUGUCAAGAGGAAAUGCUUAGAGAUAAUUGGGGCACAUACACCUUUAGGUGAAGAUGUGGAGAAAGUGAUCCACCUUGUAAGUUCUUUCUUCAACCAUGACGAUGCAAGAGUCAGAAGUCAAGCCUUUUCUACAGUAGUGACACUUCAUGAAAGAGGCUUUAAAAUCAAUCCAAACAUUUAUGUAGAUGUAUGUGAAGCCCUUAAAGAUGAUUAUGAGAUUGUCAGACAUGUUGUAUUGCAACUUAUAUAUAUUUUGGGCAAUAGUUAUCCUGAAAACGUAAUAUUAGUCACUGGUAGUGAUCAUCAAAUAAGACUGGUAGAUGACGCAUUUGGAAAAGUCUGUAAUGCUGUGACAGAUCUGUCAAUGAAUGUGAGAAUGCUAGCCGCAAAACUUCUAGGUGGUAUGAAGUUAGUCAGUCCCAAGUUUCUCAGUCAAACUUUGGAUAAAAAGCUUAUGUCAAAUAUGAGAAGAAAGAGAACAGCACAUGAACUUGCCUGGGAAAACAUAACCAGUGGUGAAUGGGCCAGUGGAAAAAAAUGGGCAGAUGAUGCUCCUAAAGAACUUCUUGAUGCGGAAAGCAUUAAUCUUAUGAGCAGUGGUGCUUGUGGAGCAUUUGUGCAUGGAUUAGAAGAUGAAUUUUUAGAGGUACGAUCAGCAGCUGUAGAGUCUCUAUGUCAGCUAUCAAUAUGCAAUCCCUUUUUUGCUGAAAUGGCAUUAGACUUUCUGGUGGACAUGUUUAAUGAUGAAAUCGAGGAUGUACGACUGAAGGCUAUUGAUAGUUUGAGGAUGAUUUCAGAGCACAUUAUACUUCGGGACGAUCAGUUGGAAACAAUACUAGGCGCAUUGGAAGAUUUUUCACAAGAAAUAAGAGAAGGCCUUCACAGAAUGCUGGCAUCCUGCAGGAUGUCAACAUCUGAAGGACUGAAAAUGUGCGUGGAGAAACUAUUGGACAACCUGAAAAGGUAUCCUCAAGAUAAAAGAUCGACAUUCAGAUGUCUGCAAAGAGUUGGAUCGCAACAUCCAGAAUUAGUGUGGCAUUUGGUGCCGCAAUUCCUGAAUAUACAUCCGUUUUUUGAUACAGCUGAGCCAGAUGUUGAAAAUCCUCAAUAUAUUUGUCUUCUAAUUCUGAUAUUCAACGCUGCUCAGCAUAGUCUAACGAUUCUACCAUUGCUAGAACCACAUACGUUGCGGCAUUAUCUGUACCUUAGAGACACUAUGACUCAGUACGUGCCGGUAUUGAACCUUCCCGAUUUGAACUACAAUACUAUUCCAAGGCCGAUGUCGGUUCCAGAGAGUUUAAAGUUCUUGGAUAAUGUCAUUAGUAACUUGGAUAUUGCUGAAAGUCCUCUUAGGUAUGGUAAUUUGGUUGUUACAUCUGGAAAAAUAUUUUUGACAUAACUAGUUAAAAUUUAGAAAGCUGCAUUAUGCACCACCAUAAUUUGACAUUUAUUUGAUUGCCACCUUGUAUUGUUGGGAAUAAUAAAUCUUCUGACAAUCAAUAGCGUUCCAGAACAGUUUUCACCAAAUAUUGACUUAAAUCUAUUUCAUUCUUAGUUGAAAUUUAAUCAUGGUCAUUGGCAGCUGUAUUGAUUCAUUUCUAACUGCUUUGUGCAAAAAAAUUCAUACGAAACGUCGUAGUUGCUAGGAAGUAUGAAGCAGUGAGAGUUAUGCAUCUGUCACUUGAUCUUGCAGGAUGUUUUGAAUGUCAGAUGUUUCUAGUUCAACGUUUGUGGAAUCGUCGUUCAAACAGCAACAGGGUCCAUACAACACUGUUGCAAACUGCCAAAGAACACCUUCAACGUCUCAGCGAAAUGGAUUCCACAGUAGCGGGCACAGCUCGUUUCACCGCCCUGUACAUUGCAGCACAGUUAGAAAUUUCCCAAAUCUUGGAGCGUGGUUUUUGGGCCAAUCCUGGAGCUCUAGCCACUCAACAGGCCAAUCAUCUGAAAACUAGCAUCGAACAUCUGUUGCAAUUGUGUUUGCAAUUACAGUUCUUUUUUGUUGGUUUAAGCCCCGUGGAGCAGUGUGCUGUUAAACAGUUUAGGCUAAGGGCUUUGGCGGUUAAUUUGGUGUACAUUGUCAAAGGAAGCAAUGCAUCAGCUCUCGCCCCGUGUCACCAUUUUCUGACAGUAGUUGAAGAUAUGCAGAAAGAACUUAGUUCAGCAAAUUUAGAACCCGAUCACUUCACGGCACUUGUUUUUUCUGAACUGGCUCAGCUGGAAGAACCAAAACCUGGAGCUGUUUCGAGGAUUUUAAUACCAAUUCUAUCCGAAGCUAAGCUUGGGAAGGUACCGCGGCCAAAUAUCAAUAUAAGGAUGAGUUCUGCGACGAUCUUAGAACCAAGUGGCCAAACAGACACAUCUUUGAAGUUCACUGCUGGUCUCAUCAUGUCAGUUCCAUUCGAAGCUGAGCUCAGGCAUUUGAUCGACCCAGCCAGAAUAAGACUGAAAAUUAAGUAUCCUGAUCAAAAAACGCAGAUCAUUUUGCCGAGACCAGCGCACUUGAAACCUUUGAGUUAUGAUGACACGGACAAAGAAUCACAAAUUGGACACAACAUUCGGCUGUUAACCUCCGUACUGAUUUCGCAUCAAGUGUGGUCUGAGGCAUGUGAUGUUGACAUUAACAUUGCCUUGGCCAUACCUGAAGCUGAUAUUGGCAAAAGAAAAACUGUAGCUGAUUCUUCUCCAACAUUGCUAGACUUGUGCAAACCUGUCAAGGUUAGUGUUGCACCAAAACCUAUCAAGAAAACUUUGUAAAUAUGUAAUCAAUAUUUUUCAUUAUGGUUUAGUUAAUAAAAGUAUACAGUAUUUUUGUUGAAAACAUGGAGUCCAAUAAAAUAAUUCUAUAGUUCCC